AGACUCAUGGGGACUCUUUCCCUGGCUGAGCCUGCACUCAACAAACCAGGUAAUAAGGAUCAAAGCAGGAAGUUGGCCGCCGAAAUUACGGGUCUGAUCAAGGUCUACACGGAUGGCCAUGUGGAUCGGUUCCCUGUUAUCAGUGAAGUACCUUGGAGCUACGCACCAGAGGCUGGCACGAUCUCAAGAGAUGUAAUGAUCAACAAAUUAACUGGUCUGUGGGCUCGAAUAUAUGCACCGAGACAGGCUGCUCACCAUGCCAAGCUGCCACUGGUGAUUUACUUUCAUGGUGGUGGCUUCUGUCUUGGCUCGCCUGCAUGGAAAUGCUACCAUGAGUUCUUGGUCAAGCUUGCUUCUAAAGCCAACUGCGUGAUCAUCUCAGUGAACUAUCGUCUUGCACCUGAGAAUCGUUUACCAGCAGCUUAUGAGGAUGGCCUAAGUACCGUAGAAUGGGCGAGGAGGCAGGCCCUGGGGGAGACUUCGAGCGAGAACUCAUGGUGGAGCACCCUGUGCGACUUCUCGAGGGUGUUCCUUGCGGGAGAUAGUGCAGGAGCAAACAUUGCAUACAAUGUAGUGGCCACACUUUCCGGCAGAGCAGUGAAGCCACUGUCACUGAGAGGCCUCAUUCUGAUACAGCCAUUCUUUGGUGGAGAAGCCCGGUUGGCAUCGGAGAGAAUCAACGCUGAGCGAGCUAAUACAGCACUGAGCUUGGCAGCUUCAGACACGUUUUGGCAGCUAGCUUUGCCAGUUGUUGGUGGUACUGCUGCUAACCGCAACCACCCUUGGUGUAACCCCUUGGCCAACAGCUCACAAUCUUUGCAUGAACUGCACCUACCUCAAAGUCUUGUUUGCAUAUCAGAAAUGGAUGUUCUCAGGGACAGGAAUCUAGAGUUCUGUGCCGCCAUGAGAAGGGCAGGAAAGAAGGUGGACCAUGUUAUUUACAAAGGAGUCGGUCAUGCAUUCCAAGUACUUCAGGAUUCUCCCUUCUCUAACAGUAGAGCCAUCGAGAUGAUAACCCACGUUGCGGCCUUCGUCAAGAAAUAAAUUAAUCCUUUCAGGUCCAUAAUAGUAUUGUUAUCAGAGUUUGUUUACGUAGUAAUCAAAGUUUUGUUCUGUAAAGACAAAAGGGUCAUCCUGCCUCGUGGAUACAACUUAGAGUCAAUGCAGUUUCCGGACCAGUUAUCAACCCAAUUCGAAGAAAAGGUGUUUUGUGCUCACUCUACCAUAGAAUCUUUUGUUGGGAUUGGAUGUAAGUCAGCCCAAUAAGAAUGACAAAGU